AGUCAACCCAUGAGAACUGAACAAAAUGGCGGCCAGCUUGUGUUGUAAAUGAGGCAUAAAUUUAAUGUCUUUUUGCGUUGAAACUAUUUACUAAAUCACAGAUGCUCGUAUCGCUGGCAAUUCUUCGCAUUGAAGUUAAUGAUGAUUAUCUGGUGCCUUCAUCCUUCAAAUAUAAAGCACCAUAUUACAAAAUGCCUGUAGAAAAAGAAGGGACUAAAAGUCAUAUUACUUUUGCUGCUGCUCUUUCAAUUGGUACCAAGCAUGAAUUGUCUGGUUCUGAAAAAGAGAUAAUUGAUAAAACUCGUGGUUGUCGAGCUGAUAGUGAAAUUUCUAUUGAAACUUAUAGCAAUGAAGAGAAUUCUAAAACCGAACGUGAUACAUCAAAGAAAACCUCAGAUACCUCACAUUUUAAAAACUCCAAAAAGACCCAUGAAGCUAAUGUGAUAAGUUAUGGGAAAAAACUUCCUGGUGAUGAUGAUGAUGAUGAUGAACAUUCUGAAAAAAGCAGCUCCCAAGAGAGUAGCAAAGUAGCUUCUAAUUGUCGGGAUCCUUCAUGUAGUAGUGGAGAAACUAUGCAUUAUAAUUCAAAUAAUUUCACCACUAGACAUAAGAAUCCUAACAGUUCUUCUAUUCAUUUUUUCUCUGGAAACCCAAUGGUUGAAGUGACCAAAGGAAUUUUACAUAUAUAUAAAGAUAAUCAAAUGGUAUUAUUGAAGGAAGAUCUUCCACGCAGUGAAAUGAUCUGUAUGCUUGGUGUGUCAGCAAGUUAUACAAUACAUGAUCUUUUACGAUUCACUGCUUCAGUCAGUGCUGGUGUAGAAAGUAUGCGAAUCAUUAGGGAUUCUACUCCUAAUCAGUAUAUGGUUCUGGUUAAGUUCAAAACUCAGGAAUUGGCUGAUGAAUUUUAUUCAGCAUUUAACAACACUCAAUUCAAUUCAAUUGAAUCAGAUAUUUGUCAUUUGGUGUAUAUAGCUAAAAUUGAAACAAUGAAAUCUUCUGAGGGUGCUGGAUUACCAAUUCCUGGUUUAACAGAACUACCUAACUGCCCAGUUUGUUUGGAGAGAAUGGAUGAAUCUGUUGAGGGAAUUCUGACUAUUUUGUGCAAUCAUGCCUUUCAUGUGACUUGCCUUGCCCAAUGGGGCUAUACAAGUUGCCCAGUUUGUCGCUAUUGCCAAACACCUGAAGAAGUUCCAGAUAACAGAUGCUUAGAAUGUGGCUCUCAAGAGAGUCUGUGGAUCUGCUUGAUUUGUGGUCAUGUUGGCUGUGGUCGGUAUGUUGGUAGACAUGCUUAUAGGUAUGUUACAAAAUUCUCUUAUUUAAUAAAAGAAAUAUAUAUCCUGUUCUUUUCAAAAAGUGGAAGCAUUGAAGAUGUGAAAGCUGGAGAGAGCAGGCAUAAACAGAUGGUUGAUGAACACAAUCGUAUGGAAGAAGCUUUAGAACGUGUUAACCGACUGAAAAAUCAAACUGAAAAGAAAUGUACUCAGUAUCACAGUCAGUUAUCAAAAGUGAUGAGGGAGCUGCAAGAAGAACGUGCAAUGAAUAAAUCACUCCAAGAAAACCAAAGUGUUUGGCAAGAAAAAGUUGCUAAACUUGAAACCAGAGUAAAGGAAAUCAAUGAGACUAAAACUCAAGAAAUUCAGGAGUUACAAGAGCAGUUGCGUGAUAUGAUGUUUCAUUUAGAAGCACAACAAAAGCUUACUCGACAAGAAGGGCUUGAGGAAAUAUCUCAAGAAGAAAUACAAGGAGGACAGGUAAUUGUUGGUGCUUCUAGGACCACUAAUUCUGUUUUAGGAAAUUCUCGUCGCAGCAGACAAAGAAAGCAUUGAUAUUAAAAUUAUCAAUUUGCAUUCACUAUCAAAAAAA